UUGCUGUUCCCGGACCCUUUCAUGUGAUGCACUUCCUUCUCCCUUGGUCGACAGGAAGUAGCGGCAGUGUAUGUUUUUAUUGUAUUUCACUGACGGGAGGAAGAACUGCAGUGAGGAAGUUGUGUCGGGAAAAGGCGUUUUCGAAAUUUCACCUAAACGUGACACUUUUUCAGGACGACAACAUGGUUUGCGAUAAGUGUGAGAAGAAACUUGGAAGAAUCAUCACUCCAGAUACAUGGAAAGAUGGUGCCAGGAAUACAACAGAGAGUGGUGGACGAAGGCUGAAUGAAAACAAAGCACUGACAUCUAAGAAGGCCAGGUUUGAUCCAUAUGGAAAGAACAAAUUUGCCAUUUGCAGAAUCUGCAAAAGCUCUGUACAUCAACCUGGGUCUAAUUACUGUCAGGGAUGUGCUUAUAAGAAAGGAAUCUGUGCAAUGUGUGGCAAGAAGGUUUUGGACACAAAAAACUACAAACAGACCUCGGUAUAAAGAGAAAUGCAGUCUUUCUGUCACUGAUGGCCUCUGAUUAAGACUUUCUUUCUUGUAAUGCAAGUAAUAUUGAUUUGGAUAUAGAUCAAGCAACAUUUUUGAGGUGGAAAUUCAGACUUCGGGAGGGAUAGGUAUUUUUUUUUUUUCUUUUUUUUUUUUUUCUUGAACAUCAAAGGACAAAAUGCUGCUUGCUGCUUUCCUAAAACAGCCCUAUGGACAGGAGGAUAUCAGAUCAUUAAAUCCGAAGCGUAAUGUAAGGGCCCACAUUCUUGCAAUUUGCUUUGGCUCUGACUCAAUUUAAUUUUUGAGUAGUUAUACAUUAAGCAAGAUUGUUUUUAUAUGUUUACUUCAAAUAUAAUUACAAUAAAGGUUAUGUUCUAAAAGGA